AUGCCAGUUCCUUUCGAAGCGAUUAUACCUUUAGGUAUAAUAAUUGGAAUGUUUGGAGUUACUGGUACAUUAAUAAAUUUAUCUAGAAGAUAUCAACAUGAUUGGAAGCCGGAAAGAUUUCAAUUAGAUCGUUGGGAUAAAUUGAUGAUGGAGCGUGAUAGAAGAUUAACUGGAAGCCUUUAUGGACAAACCUCAAAUCCAACAGCUCCACCUUCAUUUUCUACAAAUAGUGUUUGGUAUUUGAGUAAUAAAUUCAUAUAA